GGGUCUCUUAGCUGGGUUCUCCCGGGUGGCGUAAAUUGUUUGGCCUAAAGUGUCAGUGGCACAAAUCAUAAACAUUACUCAUUCGGAAGCGUUUCCAUGAUGCAUUUAAUCCCUGGUGACUCUACUUUAGGCACAGAGAAACGUUAUUCAGCCAAAAGCGGUCACCUGGCUUCCUGUCCGAGAGCGCCGCGGCGGGUGCCGGCCUCCCUGCUCUAACCUCCACUGUGCCCAUCGCUUCUGGGCUCGGGGUCCAGACGAAGGCACCCCAGAUCUAUUCCAUGGAAGAAUACCCUACCGUCGAAACAACACCGAAUUGGGAGCCAGAAGGCCUGGGUUCCAGUUCUGUCAGUCAUUAAAUAGCGGAGAAUCAUGAACCAGAAAAUACUGAAGUUGGAGAACUUGCUACAAAUUCAUACUGUUAGUAGGCAGCUGCACAGCCUGAGUCAAAGAAGAACAUUAGCACAGUGGAGACAUGUAUUUUCAUCUGUUUACCCAGUGUGGACAACUCAGCUGUAUGCCCGCCCCUGGCAAACAGACAUGUUCAUCAGGGCUGCUUUAUCUCAGUAUAGGCUUCUGGUAACAAAGAAGGAAGAAAGAUCAAAGAAACCUCAGUUAUCUUCUACAAAAUCCAGAAAGGAAGUGGAGGUAUGGAUUGGAAUGACUGUUGAGGAACUGGCCAGAGCAAUGGGAAAAGACCUAGAUUGUAUAUAUGAAGCUUUAAUGAACACUGCUGUGGACAUAGAUUCACUAGAAGCAGACUCACAUUUGGAUGAAAUCUGGAUCAAAGAAGUGAUAAAGAAUACAGGGAUGAAAUUAAAAUGGAGCAAAUUAAAACAGGACAAAGUCAGAGAAAAUAAAGAUGCUGUAAGAAGGCCCCAGGCAGAUCCAGCUUUAUUAACCCCAAGGUCCCCAGUUGUUACUAUAAUGGGCCAUGUUGAUCAUGGGAAAACGACAUUACUUGACAAACUACGAAAAACUCAAGUGGCAGCACUGGAAGCUGGAGGCAUCACUCAGCACAUUGGUGCCUUUCUUGUCUCCCUGCCUUCCGGGGAGAAGAUAACCUUUCUCGAUACUCCCGGACAUGCUGCUUUCUCAUCAAUGAGAGCCAGAGGUGCUCAGGUCACUGACAUUGUCAUACUGGUUGUGGCUGCAGAUGACGGAGUGAUGAAACAAACUGUAGAAUCUAUUCAGCAUGCCAGAGAUGCCCAAGUUCCUAUUGUCCUUGCCAUAAACAAAUGUGACAAAGCUGAGGCUGAUCCUGAAAAAGUGAAAAAAGAACUGCUAGCUUAUGAUGUGGUGUGUGAGGAUUAUGGAGGCGACAUUCAAGCAGUGCACAUCUCUGCACUUACGGGCAAUAAUCUGAUGGCUUUGGCAGAGGCAACAAUUGCCCUUGCAGAAAUAUUAGAAUUGAAAGCAGACCCCACUGGUCCAGUGGAAGGAGCAGUAAUAGAAUCUUUCACGGACAAAGGAAGAGGUCCUGUUACCACAGCUUUAAUUCAAAGAGGAACUUUGAGAAAAGGCUCAAUUCUGGUUGCUGGAAGGAGUUGGGCAAAAGUACGCUUAAUGUUUGAUGAAAAUGGAAAAACAAUCAAUGAGGCCUGUCCCAGCAUGCCAGUGGGAAUUAUAGGCUGGAGAGACCUCCCUUCUGCAGGAGAUGACAUUCUUGAAGUAGAAUCUGAGUCAAGGGCACGUGAAGUUGUUCACUGGAGGAAGUAUGAACAAGAACAGGAGAAAAAUAAAGAGGAUUUGAAAAUCAUAGAAGAAAAGCGGAAGGAACACCAAGAAGCUCAUCAGAAAGCCCGUGAGAAGUAUGGCACUUUGUCCUGGAAGGAAAGAUCAUUUAUAAAGUACCAAGAAAGAAAGGAACAAAAAUCCUUAAAGCCAAAAAAGAAAGCAGAAAGAGACUUAAGUGUACUUCCUAUAAUUAUUAAAGGUGACGUUGAUGGUUCAGUUGAGGCCAUUUUGGACAUUAUGGAAACCUAUGAUGCGUCACAUGAGUGUGAACUUGAAUUAGUACAUUUUGGUGUGGGUGAUAUUAGUGAAAAUGAUGUUAACCUUGCUGAAACAUUUUGUGGUGUUAUAUAUGGCUUUGGUGUGAGUGCAAGCAGUGUUAUCCAGCAAUUAGCUGCAAAAAAAGGAGUAAAAAUUAAACUUCACAAAAUCAUUUACCAUCUUAUUGAAGAUUUGCAGGAAGAACUGGGCAGUAGGUUGCCCCCCAGUGUGAAAGAGGACCCAAUAGGUGAGGCCUCUAUACUAGCUACCUUCUCUGUAACAGAAGGGAAGAAAAAAGUUCCUGUGGCUGGUUGCAGAGUCCAAAAGGGACAGUUAGAAAAACAAAAAAAAUUUAAGUUAAUCCGUAACGGACAUGUUAUUUGGAAGGGUUCAUUAACCUCACUGAAACACCAUAAAGAUGACAUUUUAGUUGUCAAAACUGGAAUGGAUUGUGGUCUCAGCCUGGAUGAAGAAAACGUAGAAUUUAAAGUGGGAGAUGAAAUUGUUUGUUAUGAAGAAAAGGAAGUUCUAGUCAAGACUUCUUGGGAUCCAGGAUUUUAAAUAUUAAAAAUUAUUAAAUAUA